AUGGAAGAAGUACCUCUGCUAACUGAAGAGAAGCUUCAGAGGAAAUGGAUCGCCCCAAAUUGGAAUUUGUUUCUCGCAGAACUGAAGCGGGUUAGCUAUAUCGCGUUACCAAUGGUGGUGGUGAAUGUGUCGCAACUCUUCUUGCGGCUUGUAUCCAUGAUGAUGGUUGGUCAUCUUAGUGAACUCGAAUUCGCCGGCGCUUCCAUCGCCAUUUCCGUCACCAAUGCUACUGGCUUCAGCGUCCUUUUUGGAAUGGCUAGUGCCCUGGAAACUCUGUGUGGCCAAGCUUAUGGAGCAGGGCUUUACCAUAAACUCGGAAUCUAUACCUAUGGAGCCAUCGUAUCUCUGGUUUUGGUCUGUUUACCGAUAUCCAUCUUAUGGAUAUUUAUGGACAAACUAUUAGUAAUGGUGGGUCAAGACGAGCUAAUUUCCUAUGAGGCUGGAAAAUUUACCAUUUGGCUUAUUCCUUCACUGUUUCCUUAUGCUAUUCUUCAAGCCCAGAUUCGCUACUUGCAGACUCAGAGCUUGAUUCUCCCAAUGUUGCUGAGCUCUGUUGCCGCUUUAGUUUUUCAUGUGCCUGUUUGUUGGGGUUUAGCAUUUUACUUUAGAUUAGGAAAUGCUGGAGCUGCUUUAGCGAUGGGACUAUCUAAUUGGUUCAAUGUGAUACUAAUAUUCAUGUACGCAAAAUAUGCAGCAGAAUUUGAGAAGACCCGUUUAGCUUUCUCGAAAGACGUUUUUUCAAGUAUCGGGGAAUUCUUUCGAUUUGCGGUACCUUCCUCUGUCAUGGUCUGUCUUGAAUGGUGGACUUAUGAAACUGUAAUCUUACUAUCUGGACUUCUGCCGAAUCCUCAGCGUGAGACUUCGGUGCUAUCCAUAUGUCUCCUGAUUGCUGCAUUUCAUUACUAUGUACCAUUCUCUUUGGGAGCUGCUGCAAGCACUCGAGUUUCAAAUGAACUUGGAGCCGGGAAUCCAGGGGCAGCUAAAAUGGUUGUUUGGGCUGUGAUUGCAAUUUCAAUGGCAGAAGCGAUCAUGGCGUCCGCUGCGGUUUCUGGGUGCCGCAAAUUUCUGGGAUAUGCAUUCAGUAACGAGAAAGAAGUGGUGGAAUAUUUUAUGAAAGUGUCUCCAUUGGUUUGCCUUGUGCUUAUAACGGAUGGCAUUCAAACUGUGCUCUCUGGAGUUGCAAGAGGGUGCGGAUGGCAACAUUUAGGGGCAUAUGUGAAUCUUGGGGCAUUUUAUUUGGCCGGAAUCCCAGUUUCCACGGUGUUGGGUUUUGUUAUCCACUUAAAUGGAGUUGGUCUUUGGCUCGGACUAAACGCAGGAUCUGCUGUCCAAUCUGUUCUUCUUGGUCUCAUAACGAGUUUCACUAACUGGAAAAAAGAGGCCAUUGCUGCUCGUGGAAGAAUGUUUGAUGCCUCUAGUUUUCCAGAUGUUGAAUAUUCCAAAUCCGCUCAUGUGCCGGAGAACCAAGAUAGGGGAGAACCUUCAUAUUCGAACAAAAUUCAGGAUCUAUAG